UGUGAACGAGAGGAUCGUGUUGUGGUGAUCUUGAUGUGUGAUUUUGUACGUUGUGCUUUAUGUGAUCUUCAGCUGUGUGUCGGUCGAACUUGCGAUUGAGGGGCUGUGAGUGAGAGAACAACAAGAAAAAAGCUCUUCUCAGAAAGCUAUAUAAAUUUUGAUGGGAUCUUCCGGCGUGUUUUUGCUGUGAGAAGAAGCUACGAUCGUCGAGAAAAUUGAAUAUCGCACAGAAGGUUGAAAAAAAAAAGACUCAGUUAUGCAAUAAAAUAACUUUUCGUGGUCAGUGAUCAUGAGUUUCGUUUGAUUUUUGCUCUGUGGGAGAGACUUUCGCCAAAAAAUUUACCCGGAAUCUCCACCUUCUCCACAUGCGAAUGAUCUUCGGGGCUUGAAGAUCGCCAAAAUCGGGCAUUUCAAGCGUAAAAAUGAGAUCAAAACUCAUUUUGUGGACAAAACUCAUGCGCGUAGUGUUGAUCGUGUGUUGAUGAAGUGAUCAUUCAGCUUUGCUAAUUGUAAUUCUUCUCACAGAGAGAUGAUAAUUUGCUCAGGAAAUAUUUUUUUUCAUGUGAUCAGCAAAUUAAUUUUUGUGACCCCAAAAAUGUGGGUGAAAAGUUGCCCAAUAUUUGAUGAAGGAGAAGGAAAUGGCUGACGGGGAAUUUUCAACCGGACGCAGGAAGUAGAGAAGCCUCCCCUGAAAUUCUGCUGAUGAAUGGUGAAAAAGAAUUUCCGGACGUGUGAAAAUAACUUUGUGGCGUGGAAGCAAUCCAGCAGUCAGUUUGUUUGAAGCUCUCCAAUGAAUCGCAAGGAUUUUCCGUGUGUUUUCUGUUUUCUCCUCCUCGUGGGGGAUCAGUGUGUCUGGCCAGAGGCAACCAAAGUCUCCCCAGAUGUUGUGGCGGUUGAGGGGAAAACAGAGGAUAAUGCUGAAGCUGCUGAGAGUGGGAUGAAUCCACAUUUUCAUCGAAUGCCGCCACCAAUUGGGCAUAUGAUGCCUCCACAACCACCACAGGGUCCUCCACCACCACCUCCUGGACCUCCUGGACCAUCUGGAUCUCAUGGAUAUGGAAUGCCACCACCGAAUCAUCCAAAUCAUCCUAUAAAUCUUCCUCAAGGGCAGACAGCGCCAAUGGAAUUUUAUCCCAUUCGUGGGAAUCCACAGCAUCAGCAGCAACAAUAUUACUCCUACAAUCGUCCGGAUGAUCGCCAAGAUAUUCGUCCUGAUUUCCGUCAAGACGUUCGGCAAGACAUUCGCCAGGAUUUUCGUCAAAAAUUUUCGUCAAAUCCGGAAGAUGAAACCCUGCAGGAGAUGAAGCAAACAAUGGCUGCAUUCUCGAGUAUGCAGAAGCAAUUUCUAAACAACUUCCGGACACUCCAGGAGCCUCGAAAUUCCCCACCAAUUGUUGAAUUGCCCACAAGGCAUCAAGAAGAAAAUUCCUAUGAUGAUUCGGAGGACACCACGGAGGAGAUUCGUGAUCCCCGGAGGAAGUAUCCAAGAACAACGAAGGAUCCUCAAGUGACACAAGUGAAUAAUGUGAAGGAUGUGAUUGAUAAAGUUAGCAGGAGGAAGAAGACGCGACCAACAACUACGACCACGGUUGUGCAGUCAGUGCCACAACCUGUCCAGCAGGCUGUUGUGCAGCCUGUCCAGCAGGCCGUUGUGCAGCCUGUCCAGCAGGCCAUGGUACAGCCUGUCCAGACCAUUCAACCCAUUCAGGCCAUUCAACCCAUUCAGACAAUUCAACAAGCUCCCGUAUCAACCAUCCAGGGCUUGAAGCUGAACAACAAUCUCAGUUGGAGGAAUCUCCUCGAUAGGACACUCUCAAUUUCCACGGCACAGCAAACUUUUGAGACAAUCAAAUCAGACAUGAUUAGUGCCCUCUGGACGGGACUCCUGGUGGCUGCUGUGAAGUUGGCUCCAUUGAUUCUCAUUUGCAUCAAGCUCGUUUUCAAGGCAAUCCUCCCACUUGUGGGUAUGAGUUUGCUAAAUAGAUCAACGCAGGAUGUUCAGGUGCAAUCGGCGGUGGUUCAACCGGCAUUUGCACCUGUAGUUCAGCCGGCUUUUCAACCUGUUGUCCAGCCGGUGCUUCAACCUGCUUUCCAGCGUGUUCAUCAAUUUAUGCCGCUCAUGACGUCUGACACAACAACAACAACCUUCCAGCAGGAUGUGGAUGUUGACGAUGACACGAUGCUGGAUAAUGAGUUUGAGAGCAUAAAGAGACACUUCUACAGAUGAGAGAAAAGACAACUCCCACGCAAAAAUUCGACAACAAUUUAUUGAAAUCUUUAUCACUGUGUUGUUGUGUAAACAAUAUCGCCUCAAAUAAAACACUUCCACCGAUUUUUUUAAAUAA